CCAUAUAAAAAAAAAAAAAAAAAAUAAAUAUUUUUUUUUUCUCAACCACAUACAUACUAUACAUUUUCUCAUUAUCAGACACAGAUUUUGCAAUAUUCCCAACAACACCAACAUCAUGCUGCCUCCGCCAAAUCCAGAAGAAGGUAAGUGGCUCUUUAUCCCCAACCAGCCGGUAAUCCGGUAUCCUCUCAACACAAUGGACGUUCCCAUGGCCAACCGUAUUGAGGAUGUUUCUGCCGAUUCCCCAUCCCAGUCUAUGGUUCACUUGAUCAACCGAGCUAAUCCACCGACCCCUCUUACCAAUCAAUGGCCCGACGCCUUUCAACCUCAGCAAUCCGCUGAAGUGAUCAUUCCCCGUCAACAUUUUAACGACCUCGUCGGACUCAAGCCGACUAUAGAUAAUAUUCAACAAACUUUGGAAUCUCUCGGUGGACAACUCAAUCCCAAUGACCCAAAUCCCAUUGACCCAUCACAACCAGCCAUCGGUAAUGCAAUUAAACAAUUGACCCAGUACUGUCUGAACUUAGGAGAGCUGUUUAACAAAGUUGCGGAUACCGUCACCUCAAACACCCAAGGCCUUACCAACGAAUUAUUAAUCCGUGACAACAGGAGUCAAGACAUGAUCAAACAACAUCACCAAGAGAUGGCAAGAAAACAGGACGAGCUAAUCCAACAAAAGCAGACAAUCUCUAAGAUUAUCGACACCAUCAAUAAAGUAGCUAAAAAUACUGCUCUCCUUCCCGACUCAAAAGAAAAAAUUACGGACAUUCACACAUUAGGACACGAAGUUAAACGUAAGUUGGAAGCCGCUCAAAUCAAUUAUGACGAUCAAAUGACGUUGCUUAAACAGGAUCUCCAGUCUAUCAAGACAAAUAUCAGCGAUCACCCAGAUGCUGACGCUAUAGCUCGAUCCGUUAGAGAUAUUACUGAUGGUCGUUAUCAAACCAUCAAAGACGCUAUCUCAGAAAAGCACAGUGCAUUGUUAGUCCACAACCAAAAAAUGAACGAUUUAAAAGAGGCUAUCCGAUCUCACAGUGCCCAAUACCAAAGCCUCCGUGCUAACUAUGCCGACCUUCAACUCCUGGUCAUUAGAGAAGCGAAGGAAGCAGCCAAUUCUAACACACCACGAGCCGAAGCUAAAUGGCUAGAAUUCAAAAAUCAUGCAGCCGCUAGAGAAUCACAAAUUAAAGAUGAGAUUAUGGAAUACACCAAGGACUUUGGAAAUCAAAUGACCAAGACGAUCAUGGAGAACUUUAAACUAAACAACAAAGAAGCAAAUAGCAUAACCAAGGCAGCUCUUGAAAGAAUUCGUGAAGACAUAGCCGCUGAUCUGGACAAUGACGCUAAAACCCUUAAAGAAGCACUUCACCUCCAAGAGAAACAAAUGAAUGCUAUGAACAGCUUACACGAAAGUUUUGCCGCUACUCUUAGGAUCGAAGCUGAUUCCCGAGCCCAGAAUGAUGCUAAGACCAUCAAGAAAGAGGCCCAUAGCACUAGUCAAGUUCCUCAACAGUCAAAGGUCCCCGACCAAACCUCUUCUUCCGUCAAUGCUCAGGAACCACCCCAAGUAACUCACUCUCAACUGAUUCCUCCGUCUAUCUCUACUCCUCUGUUUAUCAACAACCCUACGAGUACCACAAAUCCACCAACUCCCCCUCUGCAACCGUUUAUUAACAUCUCUAAUACAGGAACCAACUCCCCCCCUCCUCCACCUCCCCAUCUGAAACCAUCUCUUGACUCCCAUGUUACUUACUCUAGAUGUACGGAGGUUUUUUAUACGGAGGUUUUUGCCCUAACUAAAUACUAG